AUGCAUUGUCUUGCAGAUUUUCGAAAAGGUACUAAUCAAGCAAAUUUGGAAACAGCUCCUGCGAAUACUAUUAAUUCACUCAUAUAUGAAAAACUCUUCUCAAUUGACGAAAAUUUGCUCAACCAAAACAUCUCCAAGGAAUGCGCUGAACAACUUCAUAAAAUUGUGCAGAAUCCACAUAUUAAAGUAAUACCAACACGGUUGUUGUUGCAACAUUUGAAAUCGUGUCAUCCCCUGAAUCAGAAUCCGAGACGAAAACGGAUGAUAAACCAACAGUUAUGCGAGACUGAACGUGUCAUUGUGCAUAUGAAUGAUGAAAAUCAGGAAUUCAUUCCUCCUUUUUAUACAGAAGUAUACUGCAAAGUGCGACGAGAACAGGGAAAGAAGACGGAACAAAUGUGUGCAAAUGGUCAGUUGCGCUGUGUGCAGAUCUUCGGUGAAGUAAAUUUUGUGCGUCGGCAAAAAGGCGAUGUUGGAUUUAAACCUUAUAAGAUUCAUAAUGUACCACGAUCAUGUGAUUGUAUGUGGCAGGCAGAUAUAUUUGGAGAACAUAACUAUGAAGAUUAA